GGGUAGUCACCACGAGGCAGAGCCCACGCUGCUGCUCAUUUCUUCCUUCCAGCGAGUCCUCCAGGCAGCGCAGGGCCUUGUGGGUCUGUUCUGCCCUCACUUUGCUGCCCUGGCAAGAGGGAAACAGCUGUGACCUGCUUUAUGGACUCUUUCCCAGGCCACCUCCUCCUGGGAGUUUCCCCCGCCCAUGCAGGAAUCCUGGAGAACUGGAUUCCACAGGGCAGGAGCUGGGGAAGCUGAAGCUACCUGGAGGUAACAAGUGAUAGUCUCCUCUGCUGGAGGCCUUGAUUUGCAGAGUGGGUCGAAGCCCAGCAGAGGGUGCGAAUGGCAGUUAGGAGUGAGGGCCGCCGGUGAGAGCUGCUGUGUCUCAACUCCCACAGUGCCGUCUUCCGUGUCUUCCUUCAGAGAGGCCUCAGCCUCUGGACUGCACAGCCCCGUCAGAGAAACUUGGGUCCUGGUUAUCGCUGUCUGGAAACGUGUGGUGGUUCUCAAGUUUGGGACGAGCUGGUGUGGGAGCUACAUGUGAUAAGACUCAGGAGUCCCCGUGCUGGAGGCCACAGUUGGUGCCCGGACACCAUGCCCCAGACCUCCAGGCCUAAUGCUGGCAGGAAGUAGAAGGCUUCUUUGUCUCUCGUCCCCCCGUCCUCACCAUGUCUUCGACUCAGGGCAGUGGGGAGCACUGGAAGUCCCUGGAGUCCGUGGGCAUCAGCUGCAAAGAGCUGGCCAUGGCCGAAGCUCUGCAAAUGGAGUGUGAUGCUCUGUCCCGGCUCCGGCACCACAAGGAGGAGAGCAGGGCCAAGCAGAAUGAAGAACAUACUCUCAUCGAGUGGGACGAGCCUGUCUUGGACUUCUACAGCAAGCCGGCGGGGAGACGGAAUGACCUCAAGCUCUUGCGCGGUCUCUCUGGCUCUGAUCCUACCCUCAAUUACAACUCCAUCUCCCCACAGGAAGAGCCACCCAACCACUCUCUCGCCCAGGGCUCCCAGCCUGGCCCGGAUCCCUGGCCCAAAGGUUCUCUUCCUGGAGACUAUCUCUACAUUUUUGAUGGUUCAGAUGAGGGGCUAUCUUUGUCCCCAGGACCAGGGGACAUAGAUGGCUCUUGCAAAAAAUUGUCCCCACCUCCUCUGCCUCCCCGAGUCUCUAUCUGGGACACCCCGCCCCUGCCUCCCAGAAAGGGGUGCCCCUCAUCCUCCAAGGUCUCUCAGCCCAACGACAUCAACACUUUUUCUUUGGUCGAACAACCACCAGCUAAACUGCUGGGGCAUCAAAUCCUGGAAGAGGAAGCGUUGCCAGGAGGCAGGGGACAGGGGCAUCUGCUGGGGUCUGUGGACUUCGAUGGCAUCAACGAUGCAAUCACAAGGCUCAACCUGAAGUCAACCUAUGAUGCGGAGAUGCUGCGGGACGCCAGCAGGGGGUGGAAGGAAGGUCGAGGGCCCCUGGAUUUCGGCAAGGACAGCCCUGGAAAACCUGUGUCGCGGAGCAAGACCAUGCCCCCUCAGGUGCCGCCCCGGACUUACACCUCCCGCUACGGCAAUCGGACAAAUGUGGCACCUAGCAAGAACCGCAGGAUUUCUGCUGCUCCGGUGGGCUCCCGGCCCCACACCGUCACCAACGGCCACGAGUUGUUUGAGGUGUCAGAGGAGAGAGAUGAGGAAGUUGCUGCCUUUUGCCACAUGCUGGAUGUCCUUCGAUCAGGCUCUGACAUCCAAGACUACUCCCUCACCGGAUAUGUCUGGAGUGCUGUCACCCCGAGCCCAGAGCACCUUGGGGAUGAGGUCAACCUGAAGGUGACUGUGUUGUGUAACAGCCUUCGGGAGCCACUCACUUUCACCUGUAACUGUUCCUCCACUGUAGACCUGCUCAUCUACCAGACCCUGUGCUACACCCACGAUGAACUGAGGGAAGUGGAUGUGGCUGACUUUGUACUAAAGCCUUGUGGGCUAGAGGAGUUCCUGCAGAACAAGCAUGCCUUGGGCAGCCAUGAGUACAUCCAGUACUGCCGUAAGUUUGACAUCGACAUCCGGCUACAGCUGAUGGAGCAGAAGGCCGUACGAAGUGACCUGGCCCGGACGGUGAAUGACGACCAGAGCCCCUCCACCUUGAACUACCUCGUCCAUCUACAAGAGAGGCCAGUCAAACAGACCAUCAGCAGGCUUCCUGGGAUCAGCCAGCACCGUGUGGGAGCCCGGCAGAGCUCAGCAGAGCACACUCUUCAUUCCCCUCACUCACGGGCCAGCCAAAACCACUGCUGGCUGUUGAGUAGCUGGCAAGGGGACUUCCUGCUGAAGGCUGACAGGGUGGUCCAGUCUGUCAAGGCCAUCUGCAAUGGCCUGGCUGCCGUGGAAACCCCAGAGAUCACCAGUGCACUCAACCAGCUGCCCCCCUGCCCCUCGCGAAUGCAGCCGAGAAUCCAGAAGGAUCCCAGCGUCUUGGCUGUGAGGGAAAACCGAGAGAAGGUUGUGGAGGCCCUUACAGCUGCCAUCUUGGACCUGGUGGAGCUGUACUGCAACACGUUCAACGCAGACUUCCAGACUGCGGCGCCUGGGAGCCACAAGCAUGACCUGGUGCAGGAGGCCUGCCACUUGUCCGGGGCCCUGGCCUUCACCGUCUAUGCCACCCACCGCAUCCCCAUCACCUGGGCCACCAGUUAUGAAGAUUUCUACCUCUCCUGCUCGCUCAGCCACGGUGGCAAGGAAUUGUGCAGCCCCCUGCAGACCCGAAGAGCUCACUUCUCCAAGUACCUGUUCCACCUGAUUAUCUGGGACCAGCAGAUCUGCUUCCCCGUGCAAGUGAACCGGCUGCCCCGGGAGACCCUGCUGUGUGCCACCCUCUAUGCUCUGCCCAUCCCACCGCCCGGGAGCUCCUCGGAGGCCAACAAGCAGCGGCGGGUGCCUGAGGCCCUGGGCUGGGUCACCACUCCACUCUUCAACUUCAGGCAAGUCCUGACCUGUGGCCGGAAGCUUCUGGGCCUGUGGCCAGCGACACAGGAAAACCCCAGUGCCCGCUGGAGCGCACCAAAUUUCCACCAGCCAGACAGUGUCAUCCUGCAGAUUGACUUCCCCACCUCAGCCUUUGACAUCAAGUUCAUCAGCCCCCCUGGAGACAAGUUCAGCCCCCGCUAUGACUUUGGCAGCCUCGGGGAGGGAGACCAACACAAGCUUAAGGACGUCAUGCAGAAGGAGUCCCUGUUCUGGCUCACUGAUGCUGACAAGAAGCGCCUGUGGGAGAAGCGAUAUUACUGCCACUCCGAGGUGAGCUCGCUCCCUCUGGUGCUCGCCAGCGCCCCCAGCUGGGAGUGGGCUUGCCUGCCCGACACCUAUGCACUGCUGAAGCAGUGGACCCACAUGAACCACCAGGAUGCCCUGGGGCUCCUGCAUGCCACAGCCCGCAGCUGGGUUGUCAGGCUCCGGGCUCCUUUUUGUAGCUUCCCGGACCAGGAGGUGCGCCGCAUGGCCGUCCAGUGGAUCGGCUCGCUCUCUGAUGCUGAGCUGCUCGACUACUUGCCCCAGCUGGUGCAGGCCCUGAAGUAUGAGUGCUACCUGGACAGCCCCUUGGUGCGCUUCCUCCUGAAGCGAGCCGUCUCUGACCUAAGAGUGACACACUACUUCUUCUGGUUGCUGAAGGAUGGCCUCAAGGACUCUCAGUUCAGCAUCCGGUACCAGUACCUGCUGGCGGCCCUGCUGUGCUGCUGUGGCAAGGGGCUGAGGGAGGAGUUCAACCGCCAGUGCUGGCUCGUCAACACCCUGGCCAAGCUGGCCCAGCAGGUCCGAGAGGCCGCCCCAUCUGCCCGGCAGGGCAUCCUGCGCACGGGCCUGGAGGAGGUGAAGCAGUUCUUUGCCCUCAAUGGCUCCUGCCGCCUGCCACUCAGCCCCAGUCUGCUGGUGAAGGGCAUCGUGCCCAGGGACUGUUCGUACUUCAACUCCAAUGCAGUCCCCCUGAAGCUCGCCUUCCAAAAUGUGGACCCGCUGGGUGAGAACAUCCGUGUCAUCUUCAAGUGUGGGGACGACCUUCGCCAAGACAUGCUCACCCUGCAGAUGAUUCGCAUCAUGAGCAAGAUCUGGGUGCAGGAGGGGCUGGACAUGCGCAUGGUCAUUUUCCGCUGCUUCUCCACUGGCCGGGGGAGGGGGAUGGUGGAGAUGAUCCCCAAUGCUGAGACCCUUCGCAAGAUCCAGGUGGAGCAUGGGGUGACCGGCUCCUUCAAGGACCGGCCCCUGGCUGACUGGCUGCAGAAACACAACCCCGGGGAGGAUGAGUAUGAGAAGGCUGUGGAGAAUUUCAUCUACUCCUGUGCUGGCUGCUGUGUGGCCACAUAUGUGUUGGGCAUCUGUGACCGACAUAACGACAACAUCAUGCUGAAGACCACAGGCCACAUGUUCCACAUAGAUUUCGGCCGCUUCCUGGGCCAUGCCCAGAUGUUUGGCAAUAUUAAGAGGGACCGUGCCCCCUUUGUCUUCACCUCGGACAUGGCAUAUGUCAUCAACGGGGGUGACAAGCCUUCCAGCCGCUUCCAUGAUUUUGUGGACCUUUGCUGCCAAGCCUACAACCUCAUUCGCAAGCACACCCACCUCUUCCUCAACCUCCUGGGCCUGAUGUUGUCCUGCGGGAUCCCCGAGCUCUCUGACCUGGAGGACCUCAAGUAUGUGUACGAUGCCCUAAGACCUCAGGACACAGAGGCCAACGCCACUACCUACUUCACUAGGUUGAUUGAGUCCAGCCUGGGUAGCGUGGCCACAAAGCUCAACUUUUUCAUCCAUAAUCUGGCCCAGAUGAAGUUCACAGGCUCGGACGACCGGCUGACUCUUUCGUUUGCCCCUCGAACACACACUCUCAAGAGCUCUGGCCGUCUCUUUGAUGUUUUUCUCUGCCGGCACGAGAGAAUCUUCCAGCCCAACAAGGGUUAUAUAUAUGUGGUGAAGGUGAAGCGAGAGAAUGCUCAUGAGGCCACUUACAUCCAGCGGACAUUUGAAGAGUUCCAGGAAUUACACAACAAGCUUCGGCUGCUCUUCCCUUCUUCCCUCUUGCCCAGCUUCCCAAGUCGCUUCGUGAUCAGCCGUUCCCGGGGUGAGGCUGUGGCCGAGCGGCGCAGGGAGGAGCUGAACGGCUACAUCUGGCACUUGAUCCACGCAGCCCCGGAGGUGGCCGAGUGCGACCUGGUGUACACCUUCUUCCAUCCUCUGCCCCGGGAUGAGAAGGCUGCGGGCACCAGCCCGGCCCCAAAGCCCUCAGAUGGCACCUGGGCCCGGCCCGUGGGGAAGGUAGGAGGGGAGGUGAAGCUGUCUAUCUCCUACAAAAACAACAAACUCUUCAUCAUGGUGAUGCACAUCCGCGGCCUGCAACUGCUUCAGGAUGGGAAUGACCCUGACCCCUAUGUGAAGAUUUACCUCCUUCCUGACCCUCAGAAAACCACUAAGAGGAAAACGAAAGUGGCCCGGAAAACCUGCAACCCUACCUACAAUGAGAUGCUGGUGUACGAUGGGAUCCCCAAGGGAGACCUGCAGCAGCGGGAGCUGCAGCUGAGCGUGCUGAGCGAGCAGGGGUUCUGGGAGAACGUGCUCCUCGGGGAGGUGCACAUCCGCCUGCGGGAGCUGGACCUGGCCCACGAGAAGACGGGCUGGUUCGCACUGGGCUCUCGAAGCCAUGGGACCUUGUGAGCCCAGCAGAGCCACGCGGCCCAGGACCUCCAGCUGGUGGCCCGAGCUGGGAGAAAUGACUCUCCCCUCGCCGGGAAGGGGCAGGGCCCUUGUUCUGCGGGCCUCCGGGACAGGAGGCGGGGAGCCAGGUGCUCUCGGCCGCCCCUUCCUCCGCAGGCUGGACUUGGGUUGGCCGUGCAGAGCAUCCCGGAAGCUGUGAAGUCGCAGCAAAGUUUCAAGUUUACCUUGUGUCAAGGGAGCAAUGCCUGGUUUGGUUGUGUGGGGGGCGGGCUGUAUGAGGUAGCGGCAGAGGGGAGGGUGGGUGGAUAUCUUUAUUUUUAUUUUUAAAAAAUGAAAUAGUAAUGUCCUAGAUGGGACAGGAAGCCUUGCGAGAAGGGACAUACAUAUGCCUCAGAAGGCACGAGAGGAAGACUGUUCGGACUUUUGUAUGACUAAGGUUCUUACUGGACUUUUCCCUAGGUGUUCGGUUCGGUUCGGCUUUCUAGCUAUAGGAAUGAUGCGGGGAGGGGCCCAGUGGGUCCUCAGGCCCAGCCUCCCUCUCUUCGAGCAGGGCAGCCGGGCGGGGAGGGAAGGGGGCCUGGGCUGGCCUGAAGCCCGGAAGGACCUUUCUGAUUUUGCCUCCAAAGGAGAGCGACGUGAUACCUACAUGUGUAAGGAAGGGCCAUCCGUAUCAUCCGGGUUCCGCCAAGGACCUGUUUUCAGGGACCCGUGUUAGGGGCAAGUUUUUCCUCUCAUUUCCCCUCCUUGGUUAGGACUCGGCCUGAAUACUGUCUCCUCCCCACCCUCCGUUCUCUCUGCCCUGCUGUGGGCCAUCCGGUCCCCGCGAGUAGGCUGGGGGUGCUUCCCCAUAGGUCUCUCUGUCAAGUAAGUGUUUCUGGUGGGACAAAAUGCUGCCCAGCCCUCAGAUGUACCUAGGAGGCAGAUGCUAGCGAGGCUGCCUGCUGUGUCACUUCUGCAAAGCAUUUCCCUCUCCCUCCUCUUCUUUGUUGUGCUGCUUCUCUCCCAAUCGCCUUUUCUGUCACAAUUUUUCUGAGAAUUCCCCUCAUUCUGUGGGGCCAUAAACCUGUUUGGAACCAAAGGGCUGCCCAGUCGGAAGCAUGGCUGUGGGGUGGAGUCCACAGCGCCACUGUUUUCCCUAGGGAUUUUCCUUGCGCUGGAGGAGGCUGGAUUUGAGAGGUGCUGGGGAAAGAAACUCCACUCACUGAUGUCGCAGGGCAGCAAAGAAAUUUAGAUUUUUCUUUUACAUUAAAAAUGCCAAGGAUGAAGCUGUCUGUUGGGGGAGCGGGGAGGGAUAGAGCCGUUCUGGAUAUAUGGACCAUAGAUGUGUUACUGGCUUUUUGCCUGUAGCUCAUUUUAUUUUGACCUUCUGUGCCCCUGAUUUGAAGAGGUCUGUACUGUACCCACUUCCCAAACUCCUUGUACCUUCUACUUUCUCUGGAAUUGUAUUUUCUAAUAAAUGACAUCUGAGAAAAAACUGCCAUUUUUUAAAGGUUGGUUGAUGUGUAAAUGUUUAGAUAAAAGCAUCUGAUGUACAAGGUGAAAAAUAAAAAUAACAGUGGUUUCA